AUGGACCCACAAGAUCUCGAUAUCAUCAACUCAUUGCUUGAAAGUGAUGUGGUACUCAGGGAAAAAAUCAAAGAGCAAGUAACCGAGUUCGACAAAAAAAUGCGAACUGUUGUUGGUAUGCUAAACAAGAUUCAUUCCACACAUUCGGCGGAUCUUCCUGCUCUAUUGGAUUCUGUGCGUCCAGUGCUCCAGAGUUGUCAGGAAACCAACAGUGCAUUAGCCAAUUUGAUACCAGCAAACCAGUUUUGGCGAUGGAAGGAUAUGUGGACGAACUCCCUACGGACUGCAGUAUUCGCUGCGGCCCUUAUAGAGUAUCUAUCCCAUGGAGUCCUCCUACCAUUGGCGGACGUCAACGAACAGUUGAGCAUCAAAGAAGAAUGGAAGGACAGGUUUUUACUGAGUGUCGAGGACUAUCUUCAUGGGUUAAUCACAAUGGUGAACGAACUGUCUCGUCUGGCCGUGAACGCGGUUACCCUCGGCGACUUCGAAGCUCCUAUCAGAAUAUCACUCUUUGUUAAAGAUGUAUUCUCUGGGUUCUCCAUGCUCAACCUUAAAAAUGAUCUACUACGUCGCCGGUACGAUAGCCUAAAAUAUGACAUCAAGAAAAUAGAAGAAGUUGUGUAUGAUGUUUCUCUGAGAAAAUUAGCAUCAACGGCUUGA